AUGCAAGCUAAAAGAAGAAAGAUCCAGAUUGAAAUUCUCAUUUUGUCACCAGGUUCACCAGCAUCCCAAGUGUUGUCUUUGGGAAGUGUGCCUGACACAGACCCCCUGCUCUAUCCUUAUGGUCUCCAGUAUCAGGACAGAAGCACCCCCAAGGCAGAUGACGGGGCAUCUCCUGAGAUCUCCAUCUCUGAAUUCUUCUUCUUUUAUGGGCGGAAAUAUCAUUCCCUUUACGUGAACAACAAUGGGGUGGUGUCCUUUGGCAACCCUGUCAGUCAGUUCACCCCAGAUCCUUUUCCUCUGAUGGAUGGCCGAACCUUUGUGGCUCCUUUUUGGGCUGAUGUGGACAACCGUAUCACAGGAGACGUAUACUACAGGCAGAGCCAAGACCAGGGGCUGCUGCAGAGAGUCACGGCUGAUAUAAACGCUUACUUUCCACAUGAAAAUUUCACAGCUACCUGGGCCUUUGUGGCUACCUGGGACCAAGUGGCUUUCUAUGGAUCCUUGUCCACCAAGGUGAACACAUUUCAGGCUGUUUUAACGUCUGACGGUAAAAUGUCUUUUGUGAUGCUGAAUUACCAGGAUAUACAGUGGAUAUCAGGGCAAGCAAGUGGUGGAGAUGCUCACACAGGUUUAGAGGGCACACCUGCCCAGGCUGGAUUUAAUACUGGUGAUGCCGACAAUUACUUCAAUAUUCCUGGUUCUUGGACUCCAAGCAUAAUAAACAUCAGCUCAACAAGCAAUGUCGUGGACCCCGGGCGCUGGGCAUUUGAAGUGGACGUUUUUGCAGUGCCCAAUGGCUGUGUGUACAAAGCUAACUUUUUACCUCUCAAUGCCAUCUUCUGGAGUGAAUCAACCUGUGAGGAGAAGUGCCAGUGCAUGUUGGACACUCAUACAGUGCUAUGCCAGGCUGAGGGCUGCUCUGCAGAUGAGUCCUGCCAGCCAGUUUCCUGGUACCACUUGUGCCAGCCUAUCCAAAGUGCAUCCUGCCAGGUCUUAGGUGGACAACAUUAUACCACCUUUGAUGGCCAACUGUACCAUUUUCAAGGUGAUUGCACUUAUGUGUUGUCUCAGAUUGGUGGGAUAAAGACACUUCUUCCUGUGAUCCUUCUCGGCGGCAAGAUCCAAAUGCGUAAGAGUGGCUUCUCCAUGAAGAUAGAUACUGACUUUGGAGUAUCCGUUUCUUACACUGGGAAUCAACAUGUGGAGAUUGGGGUUCCUGACAGAUAUCAAAAUGCGACUUGUGGCCUCUGUGGAUCUUUGAAUGAUAAUCAAUCAGAUGACUUCUCAACCCACAAUGGAUCCUUGGUGGAAUCAGUGACACUAUUUGCUAGAAGGUGGCAGAUCAAAAAUUUUGAGGACGAUUGUGGGGACAUCCAACAGCCACCAACUUGCCCCCUGACUAAAUUGGCCAAUUAUUCCAGCUCAGAACACUGUGGCGUUUUAGAAAAAUCCCCAGGUCCUUUUGCUAACUGUGCACAGAUGGUGCCUGUAUCCAGCUUUAUGGAAGUCUGUCUUAAUGAUGUCUGUACAUCUGGAGGGAACCGGACUGUGCUAUGUAAUCUCCUCCGUAUUUACGCUGAACGUUGUCAAGCAGCCAACAUCACAGUUGGGCAAUGGAGAGAAGAGACGCAAUGCGAGAGCAUCAUUGGAGUGAAUGACAUGAGCUAA